UAUGGCUACUAAUGACUUGAUGACAGAACUACAAAAAGAUUCUAUCAAGCUGGAUGAUGACAGUGAAAGAAAGGUAGUGAAGAUGAUUUUGAAGUUACUGGAAGAUAAAAAUGGCGAGGUGCAAAACUUAGCUGUGAAAUGCCUUGGCCCUUUGGUGAGUAAAGUGAAGGAGUAUCAAGUGGAGACCAUUGUAGAUACCCUCUGUACAAACAUGCUUUCAGAUAAAGAGCAGUUACGUGACAUUUCAAGCAUUGGCCUUAAAACUGUGAUUGGAGAACUCCCCCCAGCUUCCAGUGGUUCUGCAUUAGCAGCUAAUGUUUGCAAAAAGAUCACAGGGCGUCUCACUAGUGCUAUAGCCAAGCAGGAAGAUGUGUCUGUUCAACUGGAGGCACUGGAUAUCAUGGCUGAUAUGCUUAGCAGGCAAGGAGGACUGCUUGUUAACUUCCACCCUUCAAUUCUGACCUGUCUGCUCCCCCAGCUGACUAGCCCCAGACUUGCUGUGAGGAAAAGAACCAUCAUUGCUCUUGGUCACCUGGUUAUGAGUUGUGGCAAUAUGGUUUUUGUUGACCUCAUUGAACAUCUGUUGACAGAGCUGUCUAAAAAUGAUUCCAUGUCAACAACUAGGACCUAUAUACAGUGUAUUGCUGCUAUCAGUAGGCAAGCAGGUCAUAGAAUAGGAGAGUAUCUUGAGAAAAUAAUUCCUUUGGUUGUAAAGUUUUGUAAUGUAGAUGAUGAUGAACUACGAGAGUAUUGCAUUCAAGCCUUUGAAUCCUUUGUUAGGAGAUGUCCUAAAGAAGUUUAUCCUCAUGUAUCUACUAUUAUAAACAUUUGUCUUAAAUAUCUUACCUAUGAUCCUAAUUACAAUUAUGAUGAUGAAGAUGAAGAUGAAAAUGCUAUGGAUGCUGAUGGUGGUGAUGAUGAUGAUCAAGGGAGCGAUGAUGAAUAUAGUGAUGAUGAUGACAUGAGCUGGAAAGUGAGGCGUGCAGCUGCUAAAUGUCUGGAUGCUGUGGUUAGCACACGACAUGAAAUGCUUCCAGAAUUCUACAAGACUGUAUCUCCUGCUUUAAUAGCCAGAUUCAAAGAACGUGAAGAGAAUGUUAAAGCAGAUGUUUUUCAUGCAUAUCUUUCUCUUUUAAAACAAACACGACCUGUGCAAAGUUGGCUUUGUGAUCCUGAUGCAAUGGAACAAGGAGAAACACCUUUGACAAUGCUUCAGAGUCAGGUCCCCAACAUAGUUAAAGCCUUGCACAAACAGAUGAAGGAGAAAAGUGUGAAGACUCGUCAGUGUUGCUUUAAUAUGCUGACUGAGCUAGUAAAUGUAUUACCUGGAGCCCUAACACAGCAUGUUCCUGUACUUGUACCAGGAAUAAUUUUUUCACUGAAUGACAAAUCAAGUUCUUCUAAUCUGAAGAUAGAUGCUUUGUCCUGUUUGUAUGUGAUCCUCUGCAAUCAUUCUCCCCAGGUCUUUCAUCCUCAUGUUCAAGCAUUGGUACCUCCAGUUGUAGCUUGUGUUGGAGACCCAUUUUACAAGAUAACAUCAGAAGCGCUUUUGGUUACCCAACAACUUGUGAAAGUAAUUCGGCCUUUAGACCAGCCUUCUUCCUUUAAUGCUACUCCUUACAUCAAAGAUUUGUUUACUUGUACAAUCAAGAGAUUAAAGGCUGCUGACAUUGAUCAGGAGGUGAAAGAAAGGGCAAUAUCUUGCAUGGGUCAAAUAAUUUGUAGUCUUGGUGACAGCCUAGGCACAGACUUGCCCAGCACACUUCAGAUCUUCCUAGAGAGACUGAAGAAUGAGAUCACUCGGUUAACUACAGUGAAGGCCAUGACAUUGAUUGCUGGUUCUCCUUUGAAGAUAGAUUUGAGACCAAUCCUUGGGGAAGGAGUUCCUAUUCUUGCUUCUUUUUUGAGAAAGAACCAGCGAGCUUUGAAACUGGGCACUCUUUCUGCUCUAGAUAUUUUAAUUAAGAAUUACAGUGAUAGCUUGACAGCUGCCAUGAUCGAUGCUGUCCUGGAUGAACUUCCACCUCUGAUUAGUGAAAGUGAUAUGCAUGUAUCUCAGAUGGCCAUCAGUUUUCUGACAACGCUGGCUAAAGUAUAUCCUUCCUCCCUGACAAAGAUUAGUGGGUCCAUUCUCAAUGAACUUAUUGGGCUGGUGAGGUCGCCUCUACUUCAGGGUGGAGCGCUUAGUGCCAUGCUAGAAUUUUUCCAAGCUUUGGUUGUGACUGGUACAAAUAACUUAGGCUAUAUGGAUUUACUGCGCAUGUUAACGGGUCCAGUGUACUCACAGAGCACAGCACUUACUCACAAGCAGUCUUACUAUUCCAUUGCCAAAUGUGUUGCUGCCCUUACUCGGGCCUGCCCCAAGGAAGGACCAGCUGUUGUCGGCCAGUUCAUUCAAGAUGUCAAGAACUCGAGGUCCACGGAUUCCAUUCGGCUUUUGGCUUUGCUUUCUCUUGGGGAAGUUGGGCAUCACAUCGACUUGAGUGGACAAAUUGAGCUGAAGUCGGUGAUACUAGAAGCGUUCUCUUCUCCUAGUGAAGAAGUCAAAUCGGCGGCUUCUUAUGCUUUGGGCAGUAUAAGUGUUGGCAAUCUUCCUGAGUAUCUGCCAUUUGUCUUACAAGAAAUAACCAGCCAACCUAAGAGGCAAUACCUUCUUCUUCAUUCCUUGAAAGAAAUAAUUAGCUCUGCAUCAGUGAUUGGUCUGAAACCAUAUGUUGAGAACAUCUGGGCCUUACUCCUGAAACACUGCGAAUGUGCAGAAGAGGGUACAAGGAAUGUUGUUGCUGAAUGCUUGGGCAAGCUUACCUUGAUAGACCCAGAGACGCUGCUUCCACGCCUCAAGGGGUACUUGGCAUCAGGGUCCUCAUAUGCUCGGAGUUCGGUGGUUACUGCUGUCAAGUUCACUAUUUCUGAUCAUCCACAACCUAUAGACCCACUGUUGAAGAACUGCAUAGGUGAUUUCCUGAAAACAUUGGAGGACCCAGAUCUCAAUGUCAGGAGAGUAGCCCUAGUGACAUUUAACUCAGCUGCACACAAUAAACCAUCAUUAAUAAGGGACCUCUUAGAUACUGUGCUUCCUCAUCUUUACAAUGAAACAAAAGUCAGAAAGGAAUUAAUCAGAGAGGUGGAGAUGGGACCAUUUAAACAUACAGUUGAUGAUGGGCUGGACAUAAGGAAAGCAGCUUUUGAGUGCAUGUAUACUCUUUUGGAUAGCUGUUUGGAUAGACUAGAUAUAUUUGAAUUCUUAAAUCAUGUUGAAGAUGGCCUGAAGGAUCACUAUGAUAUUAAGAUGCUAACCUUUUUAAUGUUGGUGAGAUUGUCUACCCUUUGUCCAAGUGCCGUGCUACAGAGGCUGGAUAGGCUGGUUGAACCCUUGCGUGCCACAUGUACAACUAAGGUAAAGGCAAACUCAGUAAAGCAGGAGUUCGAAAAGCAAGAUGAACUGAAACGAUCUGCUAUGAGGGCAGUAGCAGCGCUUCUAACCAUUCCAGAAGCAGAGAAGAGUCCACUAAUGAGUGAAUUUCAGUCACAGAUAAGCUCUAACCCUGAGCUGGCAGCCAUCUUUGAAAGUAUCCAAAAAGAUUCAUCAUCCACUAACUUGGAAUCAAUGGACACUAGUUAGAUGUUUGCCCAAAAUGGGGACCAUUAUGUUGAACCAUAUGAUGCACUGAAUUGACAGGUUAUAAGUAAGAAACAGAAAAAGUAUCUAAUCUACACAUUGUUCCACUUUAUUUACCUUUAUGGAGACAGUUGGCUUUUCCCAUUGUUGCUUUUUUAGCCAGAAUUAUUCCAGAAAUGUAUUUCCAUAAUACAGAAUUUGUUAACCACUCUUGUUUUAGUGGAUUUGGCCACCUUUGGGAAUUAAAAAGUUGAUGCAUGGUGUAUGGAAAUAGGUUCCAACAUCUAUUUGCCCUGUAAUGUUUAGGAUUAAAAUGUCAAAAUUUUGUGACCACGAUAUUUUUUUCCCUUUUAUUCAUUCUUUCUGCUUGUAAACAAAAAGGGUGGGAGGUGGGAAUCAAGCAUCAAGGUGUGCACCGUGUUUUUGUAUAACUUUUUAUUCUUUUUGGUUUCAGCUUCAUAAAUUGGUUUGGCUGGCAGAUUAGUUCUGUGUAAGAUUUAUUACAUUAAAAAGAGGGUUUGAGCACAGUUCAAAAAAAGCAGACGUAAAUGUCAUUUUUUAAAGGUGUUUGGAUUAGAAAACAAAUAUCCCUGUUGUGCACACUAAAUUUUGCAUGAGCAAGUUUUCAAAUAUAUAUUGUCU